AUGGUUAGACAUAAAGCUACAGUUUCUUUAGCAAAUAGAGCAGUUGCAGGAAUGAUCACACAAAUACAUAUUACAGAUCUUUUAAAAAUGAUAUCUCCUGCUAUGCGUGUUGAACUUCGAAAAGCUUUUAUGGAAAAAGAUAAUAUCUUAUCUGAGCCUAUACAAAUUGCUAAUAUUGCUGAACAAGGAAUCGAAAUAUCACAAGCUACUAUAGCUUAUAUUGUUGAUGAUAUUGAUAAUGUAAAAUUUAACAAUGAAAUUCUUGAUACAGGAUCAAAUAUUAAUAUGAUUGAUAGAGAUUUCUUUAAAUCUCUUGGUUUUAAUAUUGAUCAAGAAGCACAAUAUAUUAUUAAAGGUGCUGGCAUGAAAGCGCUUCUAAUUGGCAAGAAAAAAGGUAACCCUGUUAGUAUUGGAGAUAUAACUAAUGCUGCGAUACAAGAUACUGAAGAAUGUCAUGCUCCCAAAGAGUGGAAUAGUUUGGAGCUAAAAAAAAAUCAGUAG